AUGAGUGAUAACCUGUUUGAUGAUAAUGAUGAUGCCUGGUCUUAUUCGUUUCCGCCUUCAGCAGAAUCAUUGGCUUUAAGUAAUAAGAAGGCAAACCCAAACGAUAAUAAUGACGUUUCAAAGUUGGAUAGCGAAUUGAAUUCAAUCAUUCAAUACGGUGAAGAUGACAAAGAUGUCUUUAUCGAUAGUGAUGAAUCCAAAAAUCAUACAAUUGCGCAGAAUAGAUCAAAAACCAAUCAAUUGCCGAGUAGACUUACAAGCAAGAAAGGACGAUUAUCGCGUACUUCAUCGACUUCUUCAGUUGGGAGUUUAGAAGAGCCGAAAGAAGCUAAAAAGGAUCAUUUGCAAACAAAUGGAAAUGGAUCUCAUGCUUCUUCUUUGACAUCCCUUUCGUUGCAAUCGCCGUUUUUCGUGAAAUCUACUCCAGCUAAUCCACAUACUACAAAGGAAGACGCUAAUUCUAUUAUCUCAAGAGAAGCAGGUCAGGGAUCAGGCUUUUCUCUUGAUUCUAAUUUCAAUAGCCAAAGUACACCGGUAACUUCUUCUGCAAGAUCUAACCUUUCAAAUAAUAUAAUUACCCAUGAUGCGAAUGAAUUGCAAAAUUCCGCUGGCUCUCGAGGAGAAAACUCCGAUAUGGAUAAAGGCAAGUCAUCUAAACUUGAUCAUGAGGGAUCUAUCGAUUCUUCUUCGCCAAAGAUUAUUACUUAUCGUAAAUCGAAGAGAACAAUUAGCGAGGGAAAUUUCCAGAACAUAUUGGAACAGUCUGUGAAAGCUACGCCAAAAGAAAAGUUUGAUCCGAAAUUGUAUGUUGAUGAAAAAUUUAUGGACACAGACUAUAGAUAUGCUACAACUAAAAGAACUGCAGAAUUUCAUCAGCUAUUUAGAUCACUUGAUUUAACUGAUAGACUUCUCGACGAUUUUUCGUGUGCAUUGAGUAGAGAGAUAUUACUUCAGGGAAGAAUAUACGUCAGUGAAAACAAUGUGUGUUUCAGUUCAAAUUUGUUGGGGUGGGUUACAAGCUUGAUUAUUCCUCAAGAGGAAAUUAUCAGAAUCGAAAAAAAGACUACUGCAGGGUUAUUUCCUAACGGUAUAUCAAUUGAAACUGCAAAUGGAAAACAUAACUUUGCGAGCUUUAUUUCCAGAGAUGCAACUUUUGAAUUCAUGAAAGCUAUAUGGCAAGGAACCACAGGGAGAAAAAUGGAAAUUAUUGAGGAAAAGCCUAUGGAAAAAUCAGGCUACACAUUAGAUAGUAAUGGUAUUGUCUCUGUAGAAAAUGAAUGCCUCGAUUCUCCAGCAAAAUUAGAGUCAUACAUUUUAUCUAUUGAUGGUGAUGAAGAAAAGCAUGGUGAUAAUGAAUGUGAGUCGGAUCAUAGUGGUUCAGACGACACCUCAGAUGAUGAUACGCUGAUUAAAAAAAGCAAUUCAACUAAAAGGAAAAAGGUGGAAACUGUAGAUAUGAAGAUUUUAAAAUUUAAGCCGGAUUCAAAGUAUAUCAAUAUGGGUCCUGAUUUUCAUCCCCCUACCAAAGUAAAAGAUUAUGCAAAAGAGAACAACGAGACAGAACUAUGCAAUGAAACUAUCAAUGCACCUUUAGGUAUAGUUUUCGAUUUAUUAUUCGGAAGCACAAAUACAGCAUUUCAUAAGACUUUUCUAGAAAAUCAUAAUGCCUCGGAAAUUUCAGAGUAUGAUAAAUUUCACCCAAAGCAGGACGAUCCUAGCAAACUUGAACGUAAAAUAUGUUACAGGAGAGCAUUAGGAUAUUCGAUUGGCCCCAAAUCAACACGAUGUGAGGUCGAAGAAACGAUAGAGAGUUUGAACUUUGCUGAGAACGUGGUUGUGAUUUCUAGUACUGUGACACCUGAUGUUCCCCUGGGUAAUUCGUUUUCAGUUAAAACCAGAUAUUGUUUGUCAUGGGGUGUACAGAAUUCAACAAUAUUAAGAAUAUCCUAUAAUAUUAAAUGGACAGGAAGCUCAUGGAUUAAAAGUGUUAUCGAGAAGCAAACGUUGGCGGGCCAGCAAGAAGCUACUAAAGAUCUAAUUGCAGCUUUGAAAAAAGAAAUUGAUGAUAAUACUUAUUAUACUGAAGGUCCAACUGUACCAAAGAAUGUAGCUGAAUUGGCUGAAAACAAACCUAUACCUGAAAUAGCUGAAGAAGCAAUCACCUCGGAUAAAUUAGAAUCUGAAAAGAAGACUUUCCAAUUUUCUCUUACAAGCAGAUUUAUCAAAAAAAAUAUCGUACCGAUAGUCUAUGUGUUUUUCACGUUUCUUGUUAUUUUGCUGGUAUUGCAAAUGAAAAUAAUCAAUGGAGUCAAUGAGGCAAAUGAGAUUGCAAGGAGUCAGCUAGUUGUCAAUUCAUAUUUAGUAUUUACUGUACAAGCAUUAGCGAACGAUAAAAGUAUGAGUAAAGCUAGGUAUCGGGAAAGAAUUAGGGCCAUGGAGAACGAUAGCAGCCCAUUAUGGAAAUGGGUAAAUGACAAAUACGGCACUAAAUUAAAUAACCUUGAAAAAAUUGAAUACUUAACGUAUCAAUUAAAUUCAUUGUAUCAGAAACAGAUCGAUCCCCAAAAUAAUGAAUUUGUCGCUAAUAUUGAAGAAAAUCUUCAAGACCUAAAAAGACUGGUUCAAGACUUCAAUUACCAGGAAUUGCUUAAUGCUGAAAAUUUAAGAAACAUGUUAGGCGAUUUAAUCUAG